AUGGCCAUGGUAGUUGGUGCUUUCAUGACUUUUGUUGUUCAGAGCAGUUCCGUGUUCACAUCUGCUAUUACUCCACUUGUUGGAAUUGGUGUUAUAAGCAUCGACCGAGCUUAUCCCCUAACUUUGGGGUCCAACAUUGGUACAACUACAACAGCGAUUCUUGCUGCUAUGGCCAGUCCGGGAAACAAAUUAAAGGCUUCCUUGCAGAUUGCUCUCUGCCACUUCUUUUUCAAUGUUUCUGGGAUUCUCUUGUGGUACCCAAUCCCUUUCACGCGCAUCCCCAUCCACCUGUCCAAGGUUUUGGGGAACAUAACAGCCAAGUACAGGUGGUUUGCUAUUUUUUACCUUUUCAUCGCCUUCCUUGUGAUUCCUGUUGGUGUCUUUGGUCUGUCGGUGGCCGGCUGGGAGUACCUCGUGGGUGUCGGUGUUCCUAUCCUGGUUCUCUUUUUCGCUGUGAUCAUCAUCAACUAUCUUCAAAAGAAGCGGCCCGAGAAGCUGCCCGAGAAGCUGCAAAAUUGGGACUACCUUCCCUUGUGGAUGCGGUCCUUGGACCCGUGGGAUGAGGUUAUGGUGUCGACAGGCGCCACCUGUGAAAAAUACUGUUGCAAAUGUUGCAAACGCCGGGGAGGCGAACAAGUGGCAAGCGUGGCGCCGGGGAAAGCGAUGGAAGUUCAUGAAAACCCAGUUUCGCUGGCCGAUGAGAAAAACGCCUUUUCAAAGACACCGCAGGCGACUGAAAUGAACUUGUCCACCACCCCCUUGUAGCAGAAGACAGGACUUCAAGAGCCGAGGGCUCAGGGACAAAAAAAGCGGGGGGCAAAAUGUAAAGGGAGAGGAAAGAAGCGAAGGAGGGAAACGUAUGCCAUCUUCUUGCACCCGGCGAAAAGUGUGUAUUGCUCUGUUGGUAGCUGAACAUUUGGGCGAGCAGGCGAGAAGUCAAGUCCAAAAUAUCAGACACACACACACUUAAGGACACACGCAGCCCCGGGGUCUUGUGCACGAAACUUGCCUCUAGUCUGCUGAGCCAGGAAGUGGGCAGCAGUACAGUGCUGGAGUGAAGGUCUGACUCUGUGCCAUAGCCAGGCCUUUGGGCCUUCCUGCUCCUGUCCAGUACUGCUACAGACCCAAACUGCAUCUGCCAGCUAUGGUUGCUCAGCUUCUCAUCAGUGGACCCCAAAUCAGGUACACAGGGCUUAAGGCAACAUUGGUACAGAAGGGAUCUAGUCUGUGAUUAGUAGCAUUGCAUCAAGAACUUUGAGAUAGUACCACUUCCUUUCUGGCGGUUUCGAAAGUUAAGGCACAGGGCAUCGUAAGAAAAUCUUAAAGGUACCAAACUUUUUUUUAAAAAAAAGAAAUAUUACUGAAAGAAGCUGGGCGUGUAAGAAUAGGAAUUUAUAAUUUUUAGCUUGAUGCUUCCAGUAGUUUGUGUCUUCUAGCUAGAAAUCAGGAUAUAUUUACAUACCCUCCAGCAUUUCUCCAAUGAAAAUAGGGAUGUCCUAUUCUAUUAUAAUAAUAAUAGUCAUAAUCAUAA